UUGAUGAGAAACUGGAUUUACAAAGAAUAUAGUGACAAGAAAAUGAUGUUUACAUGUAUGAUCCGAGAGAUGGCGGUAGUGCAACUAUUUGGAUGCAAACUGCCGUAAAACUAAGGAAGAAGCAAUCCGGUCACAACCUAAAGAAGAAGAAAAAAUAUCAAGCUCCAACACUGAGAGCCCAGUUAGCCGCCGAGCUACCUGAGAAGCUAACUCAGAGAAGAAGCAGCUAGUUUCUAUCUAAGACAAAAGCACAAAAAAAAAACUUCACAAGGUGAUUAUUGGACAUGUCUGGACGUUGUGCGGCUACCAGCUCUUCUCUGAGGAAUAGAAAUCCGGUCUCCAGGAGCAUCAUGUCUGAUCAGUUCCUAAUCCAACCGGAAAGAAAUACCAUUUAUGACCACAACUUACCAAACGAUGUCAAGAUGAAAGAUGAACCAGAUCCACAGCAGAUUACAGAGAUUAAGGAGGAACCAGAAUAUCAACCGAUCAAAGAAGAACAAGUUGAGCUCAACGUCUCUCAUGACAAGAAAUCUGUAAUGAAGCAGGAAGCUGACACCUUUAUGGUGGCUGCUGGUUGGGAUGAAAUAUGCCAGAGAACACCUGAACCGCAGAAAAUGACGGUGACAAAGGAGGAACCCGAACCAGAACAGAUUAAAGAGGAACAGCAGGAACCAGAACAGAUUAAAGAGGAACUGCAGGAACCAGAACAGAUUAAAGAGGAACUGCAGGAAGCAGAACAGAUUAAAGAGGAACUGCAGGAACCAGAACAGAUUAAAGAGGAACUGCAGGAACCAGAACAGAUUAAAGAGGAACUGCAGGAACCAGAACAGAUUAAAGAGGAACUGCAGGAACCAGAACAGAUUAAAGAGGAACUGCAGGAACCAGAACAGAUUAAAGAGGAACUGCAGGAACCAGAACAGAUUAAAGAGGAACAGCAGGAACCAGAACAGAUUAAAGAGGAACUGCAGGAACCAGAACAGAUUAAAGAGGAACUGCAGGAACCAGAACCAGAACAGAUUAAAGAACUGCAGGAACCAGAACAGAUUAAAGAACUGCAGGAACCAGAACAGAUUAAAGAGGAACUGCAGGAACUCUACAUUAAUCAGGAGGAAGAUCAGCUUGUAGUGAAGCAGGAUUCCUUCAGUGAAACUCCUUUCUAUGAGAACGAAGCUGAAGACCAACAUGAGGACAGAUGCAAUGACGGCGACCAGGUAUUGGAUGGAAAUCGAGAGUUGAUGAUGAAUCAGAGCGACAGUGUUGACUGUUCUAAACUCAAAAAGUCCCAGAAAAAAACAUGUUCUUGUAAAAUUUGUGGGAAAUAUUUCAUCAGGAAAGGUUCCCUGAAUUUUCACAUGAGAAUCCACACCGAUGAGAAGCUGCAUAGCUGUGAAGUCUGCAGUAAGUCUUUCAUCCAUAGCAGCCAUUUGGUUCGUCACAUGAGGAUCCAUACAGGCGAGAGACCGUUCUCAUGCAAGAUCUGUGGAAAAAGUUACAUCGAUAGAAGUAGCUUAAACGCACACAUCAGAACUUACGUGGGAGAGACUUGUGGAUUGUACGAUAAAUCUUUCACCAAGAAUCAAGAUCUGGUUUGUCACAUUAGACACCACAAAGCCAGGAAGCCGUUCUCGUGUCCCAUCUGCGGAAAAAGCUACACAACCAGAAGUAGCCUAAAAACACACAGCCUAGACCACGGAGGCCAGAAGCCGUUUUCGUGUGGACUGUGUGAUAAAUCUUUUACAAACAAAGGAGAUAUGGUUAUUCACAUCAGAGUCCAUACAGGUGAGCGGCCGUUCCCUUGUGCAUCGUGCAAUAAAUCUUUUAUAAGCAAUAGAGAUCUGGUUCGUCAUGUCAAACUCCACAAAGCUGAGAGACCGUUUCUGUGCACCACCUGUGGAAAAUCCUACACCGACAAUCGCAACCUUAAAUCACAUAGCAGAGUUCACCUGCAGGAGAAGCCAUAUCCCUGUGACCUGUGUGCCAAAUCAUUCGUAAACAGGACCGACUUAGUCCGUCACCGGAGGACUCACACAGGCGAAAAACCAUUUUCGUGUGAAUUGUGUGGGAAAUUAUUUACUAACAAAUACACUAUGUUAAAACAUGCAACAGCUCACACAGACAAGACGCCUGAGGCGCUGUUUCCUUGUAGUCUUUGUGAUGCGUCUUUUACUGACAGCAUUCAGCUGGACGAUCACCUGAGGAGCCACACAGGUGAGCAGGUCUUUUCAUGCGUCACCUGUGGGAAGAAGUUCUCCAAACCAUACAGUCUGACUAUGCACAUCCGGACUCAUACAGGGGAAAAGUCGUAUUCCUGUCAACUAUGCUGUAAAUUAUUCACUGCCAGAUAUAAACUGACUGCACAUGUAUGUGAAAAUAAAACUUAGAAAGAUGAUAA